AUGGCAGCACAACCUCGCGCGGCUGACACAGGGCCUUCGGCGGACGACGUCGCUGACGGCCUGUUAACGGACAACGAUCCCCGUGAGCAUGGCGAUUUUCCACGUCUAUGGCAGCCUUUCUUUCUGCGCCGUUCGACUUUCCUAGCCUUUAUUGCUACUUUCGUGGCUUUGCUCGCUGCAAUCGUUGCCGUGUACUGCUAUGCGGCUCGCGGCGAUGGGAGACAAGGCAUUGAAACACAGGGAUGGAAAUACUACUACCUCUGGACGUAUGGACCGACUGCAGUGUUUAUGGUCCUGGGCGCGUUUUGGGGCCAGGUCGAAUACCGCGCAUGCCAAUUGAUGCCAUGGCUGCUGAUGUCGCGCGCUCCAGUCGCCGCAUCUGAUGGGCUGCUGCUGGACUACAUCUCUCCUUGGAACGUUGAGUCCCUUUAUAUGUCGGUCAAGAGGCGUCACUACCUGGUUUCUUUAGUCAUUGCUGGCACACUGCUGGUAAAUGGAAUGGCCGUUGUAUCGACUAGCUUUUUUGAGCUCCGCGACGUUCCCGUCAAGCGCUCCGCUUCUCUCCGCCUUACCCAUGACUUCGAUUUCAGCCUUGACAGUUUCAAGCCUCCAGAUGUUACAACCAUCCCGCACAUGAGGGCCACCGGGAUAGCGCUAAAUGGUUCCGAUGUGCCCUUUGGAAUCCUUGGAAAUCAUGUAUUUUCCCCCUUUCAGGAAGGCGGCACUUUUCGCUCUGGUAACUUUACUCUGGGUGCUAAUCGCGAAAUCGCGGCCGAGGUGGACGUGAUCACCGUGAAGGUCCGGUGUGAAAAUGCGACGAUGGAGGCCACUAAAAAUCAGACCGAGUGUACUCUGUCCAUGAAGUCUGGCUCUUGUUCAACCGGCCCGUUAGCUCAGCCACUCACCCAGCAUACUGUCUUUGAGGAUAACGCAACCUUUGUAGGUUUCCCAUCAUUAUGCGACGGAAAACAGUUGCAUCUUCCCCAAGAUGAGCCUCUGUAUACGGAGGCACACUGGCGCAUCUGGGUCUAUAUUUCGCGUCACGACCCCAACGGUCUGUUUCUGAACGCGACGAAAGAUUUUGGGAAAAAGGCGAAACAGAAGGCUGGAAAAUUCGCGUUCACCUGUGCUUUCUGUACACCCUACCUUGACAUAUCCCGCGCUCCAGUGAAGUUGUCACCAAGUCCCGACGGCAUUAAUAUCAUAACCGACAUUGACAUGAAGAAACAGCGUCCGUUGUCUCCGAGUCCUCCCCCCACACUAGACAACAAUGCCGGUGCCCUUUUGUAUAGUGCAUGGGUCUCCUUUUUAAACGCUGGCCGUGAUGACUUGAGUCUACUGGGGAGUCAGUCAGGCGAUAGAGAGGCCUUUUUUGAUCCAGCGCUCCUGUCCCAAGCGCUAGCACGCGGUCUUGAGUCUCGGGCGGUCCAAGUGGCCAGAGAUCAAUUACUCCAGCCCGUAGACCGCCACACCCAGGGAACGACGACACGGAUGGAAAGCCGCCUCUUUGUCCGUCGGCUGUCAUUUGGCCUAAUGGCCGGCUUUAUUUCAGUGCUUAUCCUCAUCUCCGUAGUUAUCGACCGCUUUUACCUCCCGCUCUCUGUCUGCUGCCGCGAUCCGGGCUCAAUUGGCGGCCUUGCAACUAUCUUGGCACGAAGCCCCAAGUUGAUGGCCACUCUUCAGAAUAUGAAUCUAAAAUGGCCCUCGGAGAUGAAAGAGCUAUUGGCCGGGUAUGAACAUGGUACCCGCAUAAACGCGGAGAAGGAAUUCCAGAUUGAAGUCCAUGACCAGCGGACAUCCCCCGUGCAGGUUUGUGAGAGUGGCACAGAUAGCACACCCCGCUGGUGGCGUCCUAUUUCCGCAAGGCCACCGGUCUACAUUUUUACGUUUGUCCUCCCAAUUGCUGUUAUUGCGACUAUCGAAGCAUUGCUCCAUAUAUCGAACACCAGAGAAGGAAUUGUCCGGGUGGGAGGAAGAGAGAGCGGAAGGGAUCAGCCUUGGGCAUACAUCCCGGCCCUUGUCAUGUUUUGCAUCCGCGUUCUUUACCAGAUGAUGGAGGCAAACGUCAGGACAUUUCAGCCUUUCCAUUGCCUUGCACGCGGAAGGGCGCGCGCAAAUGCGAGCGUUUUAGAAAACCAACAGCGCAAAAUCACCGCAUGGGCGAUCCUGGAUUCCAUUGGCAAGCGACAGUGGGCGCUGGCGGCCAGUGCUGUUGCACUCCUCCUGGCGGGCGCGCUGCCUAUCAUCGUGUCCGGUCUUUAUGCAGUAAGCAGUUUGCCUAAACCCACUGACAUAUCCCUGGUCCAACGCAGCACCUGGAACGUUAGUUCCUACAAAGGGCACCUUAACCAUUCCGAUUAUUUAGAUCUUAAUUCCAAGGACUUUACACCCGGGAGGAUUCUCUAUCUGAACAUGUCAUACCCACAAUGGACAUUUGAAGACCUGGCGUUCCCGAGAUUGUCUCAUCCGAGGACCGACGAUAGUAACACAUCCAGCGUAACUCCCGGGUACAUACAAGCUCGACUCCCAGCCUGGCACCCCAACCUCAAUUGCGACGGCGAGAUUCCGGCAUCUGAUUACAAACUCUCGUGGUCUUACGAUGACGAAGACGACCUGCCCCGUUGGGAUGUGGAGAUUAAUAGUACUAGAGGGGCGUGCUCGUUCUCACUCCAUGAGAAUGGGGUUGGAGCCCCCAAAUACUUCUCUGACUGGUUCACUCUGACCCGAAAUGUGGUCCUUGAAGGGAAUCCAGCAGAUUGCCCAACAUCAUUAUAUCUGUUUGGCAACCAAGCUAAAACCCGCAUGCUGAAAUGCCGCCCACAAAUCCAGGAAGUCGACGUUGACAUCCGGUUGGAGCCGCGAUCUCUGAAGAUCAAUCCGAACUACCCCCCUUCCAUUGUCCCUGGAUCCGCUAGACCGCCUUUAGAUGAUUUCAUGGCUUAUUCAAAUGGUAGCAUGGUGCCAACCCCAUUCCUCCCAGAGCGAGGUUACUUUGACCCCGACCUCAUCGCGGUGGAAGCCCCAAGAAAGGAAUAUCGUACCGAUAUCCUCACAACCGCUGCUAUCUGGGGCACGGGCGGGAUUCCCGCAGAAGAACUACUAUCCGACACGGACAAACUUUCUGCCGCACUCACGCGCAUUUAUGGUAUUAUCAUCGUCCAGCGCAUUAAUGAUCACUGGCACAUACCGUUCGGGUCAGACAGCGCGGCUUCAGCCCCAGAUGGCGAAAAUAACUCCCCCAAAACUUUCCCGGCCGAGCUCAUCAGCCACGGCGACUACCUCGUCCAAAGCAGUGUCUCUACUCGUCUUCUCGACGCGUUUCUUCUGUGCAUGGUGAUCCUAGCGGUUACUUCCACAUUGCUCAUGACCACGAAGAACAUCCUGCCCAAGAACCCAAGCAGCAUUGCAGCCGUCGCGAGCCUGCUCGCUGGGUCUCGGAUGUUGGGGGACCCGCAGGUCAUUCCGCGGGGCGCAGAGUGGUGGGUAUGA